GGGGCCACCAAGCCGCCUUGUCUUAGUGAGACCUCCCCACCCCUUUCCUCUGCAGCGGGUCCGGGCAGGGCCGGGCCUGGGGUCGGGAGCCCUGACAGGAGUGUCCUGCCCAGAGUCUCGCGGCAAAUACCCAGGUGGUCCCAACUCGACCCACAGCCUCAGCCGCCCCUCCCAGCUGUGCACCGCACACCCCACUCGGCCCAGCCGGGGACAGAGCAGCCGAGGACCACACCUCAGAGAGGAGCCCAGGCCUGGGAGGCACCCUGCCCUGAAAGCUGAUCUCCCGGGAGGCGUGGCUCCAGGAAGCCCCAGAUAGAAGCCCAGAAGCCGGCACCCGCCCGCUGGAGACCCUGCAAGAGGCACCACAGACAUCCAGCCCUGCAAGUGGUGAGCCCCUGGGGCAGAAGCCCGGGGAGGGGUCUCCAGGCCAAAGUGGGACGGGUGGGAGGCAGACGCCUGCCACCCAGGUCCAGUCACCACAGGGGCAGUCACAGCCAGACGCCCCGUCCCCACCCCACCCAGAGCCUCACAGGCAGAGGGGAGGCAGCCCCACUCAGGCCUUUGGAGAAACCAUCUCCCCACUGUGUCCCAGAGGCCCAUGGCGUCCCCCCACGCCCUGCUGCUCUGCCUGCUGGCCCUGGUGGCCACUGGAGGCCAGGGUCGGCAGGCAGCCCUCCCAGGGUGCCACCUGCACCCCUUCAACGUGACGGUGCGGAGCGACCGCCAGGGCACCUGCCAGGGUGCCCACAUGGCCCAGGCCUGCGUGGGCCACUGUGAGUCCAGCGCCUUCCCCUCCCGGCACUCGGUGCUGGUGGCCAGCGGCUACCGACACAACAUCACCUCCGUCUCCCAGUGCUGCACCAUCAGCCGCCUGCGCAAGGUCAAGGUGCAGCUGCGGUGCGGGGACGGCCGCAGGGAGGAGCUGGACAUCUUCUCGGCCAGGGCCUGCCAGUGUGACAUGUGCCGCCUGUCCCGCUACUAGUGUGUGUCCCCCUUGAGGAGACCCUGGGAGUAUCCAGCUGUGUGCCCGGCUC